AUGUUUCUUGAAAAGGCAAAAUUUUGGCAAACCGGCGGAGUAUGCAUGCAAGUUUAUCAGUUUAUAACAAUGCUCUGUCGAAUUUGGUUAAAAGCAAUCAUUCCUGAUUACCGUAAUAGUAGUAUUUAUGAUACUUCAACAACAACUAAAUUUCCUUCAAAAAAUCUUUCUGACCUUGAUGGUUCUUCAAAUGAUCAAUCAAAACAAAUUUCUUUUUCUUCAAAAAAAAUUUUAUCGAACAAUAUUAAUUCUCAAAAUGAUAAUAUUCCAAAUUAUCUAAAAUCUCGAAAACCACAGCACCAUCUUAAACGUAUGGAAUCUGCUCCUGUAAUACAUACUCCUAACAUUCUUUACGAUAAUAUUGUAAUUACUCAAUUUAUAUAUGCUGAAGAUGAUGUGGAUGUUAAUGGACAAACAAUGCUUGAAUCUCCAACCACUGAUCAUCGUCAAUUAAAGAUCUUUUCUUCUUCAAAAGAUAAAAGAAAAUCAUUACGUCCUAGAAAUGAUCCUUACUAUGUGAUACAGACCAAACAACCUACUGAAUUCAAACCAUACAUCAAAGAUAUAAUUCCUGUCGAAAAUCCUUAUUCUUACAUUGGUACACUUCCAUCUUUAGACAUAGCAAAUCUUCAUCGUUCAUUCUCAUCCGCUCAAACAAUUCGUAUUACUGGUGUUCAAAAUAGACGUAAUGGUGAUGCAUUUAGUACUACAACUAGUUCAUUUCAACCUUCAAAAGAUGGAACUUUUCUUUUAAAAAUAACAAAAGGUGGUAAACUUGGAAGAAAAAUUGAUUUAAUUGAUGGUAAAAAGAAAGGUGGAAGAAAUUGGAAAUUAUAUGGUGUUAUAUUAAGUGGAAGUCAAUUAAUGUUUUUUAAAGAUGAAGCUUGGUUUAAUACACAAAUGAGUGAAUUAAAAAAUGGGAAAUCACCGAAACUUCCUGUCUUAAAACCUGAUGCGAUCCUAAUGACGGCAGAUUCAGUUGCGGUAUACGAUAAAAGCUAUGAUAAAUACAAAAAUGUAUUUAGAUUAGUUUGUCCACAAGGUCAUCAAUAUUUAUUUCAAGCCGAAAAUGAUAUUGAAAUGAAUGAUUGGAUAUCAAAAAUUAAUUAUGCUGCUACUUUUAAAACUGUUGGUUUAAAAAUUAGAAAUAUUAGAAGUGGUACUAGUGGAGUUUCAAAUGAUAAAGUUCCUAUUAGUAAAAAGCAUACGGAUGGAAUUAAAUUUGGAAAUUCGGGUAUUAGUAGAAGAGAUGCGAAAAAAGGACAUGAUAAAUUUAGAACUUUUCCCAGAUUAAAAGAAGAUAAUGCUAAAGAUGCUCAAGGACGUGCCAACUUGCUACGCUCAAAAAUCGAAGAACUUCAAGGAAAAAUUUCAACGUUAACUGCUCAACUUCAAAAUGAAGUUCGAUUUCGUAAUAAUCUAUUUGUCAUGAUCCCUUAUAAAGCAUCAACAAGAGAUCGAAUAAUACAAAUUGCAAAUAACGUAGCAACUAAACUUCGACAUACAUGUUUAGAAUUAUCAAGAUUAGUAUGUUAUCAUGAAAUAUUAGAAAAAGAUUUAUGCGCUACAGUAAUGGAAGAUGAUAGAUAUUGGUUAAAUAGAAGAAGUAUGUAUAGACUUUGUGGUGAAAGUAGUUCAGAAGAUAAUAUUUCUUUAAUUGGUUCUAUAACGGGUGGUGAUGAUAGAGUUUCAGCAAUGAUUUCUACAUCUUCAUUAUCUUCUAUGCAAUAUUCAAGUAAUGGUGGUGAUAGUUAUGGUGGAGGUUCAAGUCAAACUACUGUUUCUCAACAUGAUGAAGAAGAAUUUGUAUAUCGUCAUGGAAAUGCUUCAGAAUUUGAUUUAGGUUUUGAAAAUGUUGGAAAAGAUAAUAAUUUAGAUGAUGAUAUUAAAGAUGAUGAUGUUGAAUCAUUUACUUUUGAAAAUAAUAAUAAUAAUCUUAAUAAUGUAAAAGUUGAUAUUAAUAGUGAUAUUGAUUCGAUGAAAGAUAGAUCUGAUAUAAUAGAUUUGCAAACAAUAGAUCCUAGAAUUAUAGAAGCUUUAUCCAUAACGGAUAAUAGUCCAUCUGAUGUAUUUAAUAACAUUAUCAAGGAAAAUGAUUCAUUACCACUGGUGGAAACUAAUAUACCAAAAUCUAGUAUAAUGACUUCUUUAGUUAUAGUUGAUGAUUAUGAGGUUACUGUUGAUGAUGACGAUGAAGAAGAGGAGGAAGAAGAGGAAAUAUUUGUAGAUAGUUAUGAAUUUAGUGAUAGUGAAGAUGAUGAUGAGUUUGUAGAUGCUGAAGAAUAUAUUUGA